CAAUCUUGUAUUACAAGCUGAUGUACGACUCAUUGAAAGACGAAGUCGAGAUGAAGCCACUGGAGAAGUCAUGUCCCUUGUGGGAAAACUGGAAGGAACACGCAUGGGAGACAGAUUUCAAAGAACCAAGCCGGUUAAAGCAGAGGAAAGAAAAGUCAAGCGGCAGAAGAGAGAUGAGGCUCAGUAUGAUUUUGCACGGAUGAAGGGAGCCACUCUUUUGUCAGAAGGUGUCGAUGAAAUGGUAGGAAUCAUUUACCGCCCGAAAACACAAGAAACAAGACAAACGUAUGAAGUACUAUUGAGUUUUAUUCAAGAAGCACUAAGUGACCAGCCUAGAGAUAUCCUUUGUGGAGCUGCUGAUGAAGUGCUCACUGUUUUGAAAAAUGACAAACUGAAAGACAGGGAAAAGAAGAUUGAAACAGAAUCACUACUGGGAGGUUUAACAGAGGAACGUUUUGCUCUGUUGGUGAAUUUGGGCAAGAAAAUCACUGAUUUUGGAUCAGAAGAAAAAGUUCAAACCACAGAUGAAAACAUUGAUGAAACAUAUGGCAUCAAUGUCCAGUUUGAAGAGUCUGAGGAAGAAGAUGAUGAGGACAUUUACGGUGAAGUGAGAGAGGGAGAAGAGAUGGAGGAGGAGGGGGAAGAGGCUAAACUGAACACUGCAAUUCAUGCUGAAAACCUUGGCGGUGGAGAAGAGACGGGUAAGAAGGAGAAGUCUCUACACCCUCUGGAUAUCGAUGCGUACUGGCUGCAACGACGGCUCAGCAAGUUCUACGACGAUGCGAUGGUCUCCCAGGCUAAAGCUGCAGAGGUCCUGUCCAUCCUGCGUGAUGCAGGGGAUGACCGCGACUGUGAGAAUCAGCUGGUACUACUCCUCGGCUACGACUGUUUCGAGUUCAUUAAGAUAUUGAAAAAACAUCGGCAAAUGAUACUGUACUGCACUAUGCUGGCCAGCAGCCAGAGUGAGCUGGAGCGGCAGCGACUGAGGGAGGAGAUGAGUGCAGACAGUUCACUCUCGCGGAUACUGCGGCAGCUGGAGACUGUCAAGGGUGAGGAGGAUGGGGGAGACUUGGACAACCUGGUGCCCCGCAGUGCUCGUCGCAAGGAGGCAGCGGAGGAGGCGGCAGUAGGUGAUGGAGGUGUGGUGCCAGGCAUCAGGCAGUUGUUGGACCUGGAAGACUUGGCCUUCACUCAGGGAUCACACUUUAUGUCCAACAAGCGUUGCCAGCUGCCAGACGGUUCAUUCCGCAAACAGAGGAAAGGUUAUGAAGAGGUGCAUGUUCCUGCCUUGAAGCCCAAGCCAUUUGGAACAGAAGAAACAUUAGUUGCUGUUGAAAAGUUGCCGAAGUACGUUCAGCCGGCGUUUGAAGACUUCAAGACACUGAAUCGGAUACAGAGCAGACUACAUAAGUCAGCUCUGGAGUCGGAUGAGAAUCUGCUGCUCUGUGCCCCAACGGGUGCUGGUAAGACCAAUGUCGCUCUUUUAUGCAUGAUGAGAGAGAUUGGGAAACACAUCAACUCGGACGGUACCAUCAACGCAGAUGAGUUCAAGAUUAUCUAUGUUGCUCCCAUGCGAUCCUUGGUGCAGGAGAUGGUGGGAAACUUUGGCAAGAGACUCAGUUCAUACAACCUGACAGUAUCCGAGCUGACGGGAGAUCAUCAGCUGACUAGAGAGCAGAUCCAGGCCACCCAGGUAAUUGUGUGUACCCCGGAGAAGUGGGAUAUCAUCACGAGGAAGGGUGGUGAGAAGACGUUCACUCAGCUGGUGCGGCUCGUCAUUAUUGAUGAGAUCCAUCUGCUGCACGACGAGAGAGGGCCGGUACUGGAGGCUCUGGUGGCUCGGACGAUACGCAACAUCGAGACUACACAGGAGGAUGUGAGACUGGUGGGACUCAGCGCCACUCUACCAAACUACCAGGAUGUCGCCACACUGUUGCGCAUCAAACCUGAGACUGGCCUGUUCUACUUUGACAACAGUUUCCGUCCUGUGCCCCUGGAGCAGCAGUAUAUUGGUGUUACAGAGAAGAAAGCCCUCAAACGUUUCCAGGUCAUGAACGACAUUGUCUAUGAGAAGGUCAUGGAACAUGCUGGUCGCAAUCAAGUUCUUGUGUUUGUGCACUCCCGCAAAGAGACCGGUAAAACUGCUCGAGCAAUCAGAGAUAUGUGUCUGGAGAAAGACACCCUUGGGCAGUUUCUGCGGGAAGGCUCUGCCUCAAUGGAGGUUCUGAGAACUGAAGCAGAACAAGUCAAGAAUGGUGAGCUGAAAGACCUUUUGCCAUACGGAUUUGCAAUCCAUCACGCUGGUAUGACUCGAGUGGACAGGACAUUGGUGGAGGAUCUGUUUGCUGAUCGGCAUAUUCAGGUGCUGGUCUCCACGGCUACUCUGGCUUGGGGUGUGAACUUGCCCGCUCACACAGUCAUAAUCAAGGGCACACAAGUGUACAAUCCCGAGAAGGGAAGAUGGGUUGAGUUAGGAGCUCUGGAUGUGCUUCAGAUGCUGGGGAGAGCUGGGCGACCACAGUAUGACACUAAAGGUGAGGGUAUCCUGAUCACGAAUCACAGCGAGCUGCAGUACUACCUGUCCCUGCUCAACCAGCAGCUGCCCAUCGAGUCACAGCUCAUCUCAAAGAUGCCGGACAUGCUCAACGCAGAGAUAGUCCUGGGCACCAUUCAGAGUGUCAGAGACGCAGUCACUUGGCUCGGCUACACUUACCUCUACAUCAGGAUGUUGCGGUCACCUCAGCUGUACGCCAUCUCAGUUGACAAGGUGAAAGAGGAUCCUCUGUUGGAGCAGCACAGAGCAGACUUGGUGCACACUGCGGCCUUACACCUGGAGCGCAGUGGACUGGUCAAGUACGACCGCAAAACCGGACACUUCCAGGUGACAGAGUUGGGCCGUAUCGCAAGUCACUACUAUUGCACACAUGACACCAUGGCCACUUACAACCAACUGCUGAAACCAACGUUAAGUGAGAUAGAACUGUUUAGGGUGUUCUCGCUGUCAAGUGAGUUCAGGAACAUAACUGUCCGUGAGGAGGAGAAGCUGGAACUGCAGAAGUUGAUGGAGAGAGUACCUAUUCCAAUUAAGGAAAGCAUCGAGGAGUCCAGUGCCAAAGUGAAUGUCCUGCUCCAAGCCUACAUUUCCCAGUUGAAGCUGGAAGGGUUUGCCCUUAUGUCGGACAUGGUGUACGUCACCCAGUCAGCUGCCAGGCUUAUGAGGGCCAUAUUUGAAAUCGUGCUUUAUCGAGGAUGGGCACAGUUGGCAGACAAAGCUCUUUCUCUCUGCAAGAUGGUAGACAGACGGAUGUGGCAGUCCAUGUCCCCGCUGAGACAGUUCCGGAAAAUGCCUGAGGAAAUUGUCAAGAAAAUUGAGAAGAAAAAUUUCCCUUGGGAAAGACUGUACGAUCUUGGACCAAAUGAAAUUGGAGAAUUGAUCAGGGUCCCCAAACUCGGCAAAACAAUCCAUAAAUAUGUUCAUCAGUUCCCCAAACUUGACUUGUCAACUCACAUCCAACCAAUCACAAGGUCAACCCUGAGAGUGGAGCUGACUAUUACUCCAGACUUUCAGUGGGAUGAGAAGAUUCAUGGAGCCUCUGAGGCUUUCUGGAUCCUGGUGGAAGAUGUGGACUCAGAGGUGAUCCUGCAUCACGAGUAUUUUCUACUCAAGUCCAAGUACUGCCAGGACGAGCAUCUGGUCAAGUUCUUUGUACCAGUAUUUGAGCCGCUGCCUCCUCAGUACUUCCUCAGGAUUGUGUCGGAUCGUUGGAUUGGAGCAGAAACCCAACUGCCUGUCUCCUUCAGACAUCUGAUCUUGCCGGAGAAAAACCUCCCGCCGACCGAGCUUCUGGACUUGCAGCCUCUACCGGUAACAGCUCUACGGAACCACCAGUUCGAAGCCAUGUACGCAGAGAAGUUCCCACAGUUCAACCCUAUCCAGACACAGGUGUUUAACGCUGUGUACAACAGUGAUGACAACAUAUUUGUGGGCGCCCCUACCGGCUCUGGUAAGACGGCCAUAGCAGAGUUUGCAGUGCUGCGGUUGUUGACUCAGCACACGGAUGGCCGCUGUGUGUAUCUGGUACCCAAGGAACCCCUGGCAGAGAUCGUGUUCGCUGACUGGCACCACAAGUUUGGCAAUACCUUGGGCAAGAAGGUGGUCAUGUUAACUGGCGAGACAGGCACCGAUCUCAAGCUCUUGGCCAAAGGCCAGAUAAUUAUCACCACUGCUGAAAAAUGGGAUGUUCUCUCGAGAAGGUGGAAACAGAGGAAGAACGUACAAAACGUACAGUUGUUCAUUGUGGAUGAACUUCAACAAAUUGGUGGUGAGGAUGGGCCUGUACUGGAGGUAGUUUGCUCGCGUAUGCGCUACAUCUCAUCACAGCUCGACAAGCAAGUAAGGAUCAUUGCUCUCUCUUCUUCGCUGGCAGACGCGCGUGACGCUGCACAGUGGCUGGGCUGCAGUCCCAACACUACCUUCAACUUUCACCCUAGUGUGCGACCUGUGCCACUGGAGCUGCAUGUUCAGGGAUUUAACAUUACGCACAAUGCGUCACGGCUAAUAGCUAUGGGGAAACCCGUGUACAAUGCUAUACUAAAACACAGUCCACACAAGCCUGCCAUCGUGUUUGUGCCCACCCGGAAACAAGCUCGGCUCACAGCUAUCGACCUCUUGACCUUCACAGCAGCUGAGGGACAACCCAACCGCUUCUUCCAUGCUGAGGAAGAAGACAUCAAACCUUUCCUGGACAGAAUGGCUGAUAAGACACUAAAGGAGACACUAUCACAAGGUGUGGCCUACAUCCAUGAGGGGUUGUCGAAGAGUGACCACCGCCUGGUGGAGCAGCUGUUCGACUCUGGGGCAGUCCAGGUGGCGGUGGUCACCCGUAACCUCUGCUGGGCACUCAACAUCUUUGCCCAUCUUGUCGUCAUCAUGGACACACAGUUCUACAAUGGCAAGAUCCACGCAUAUGAAGACUACCCCAUCACAGAUGUCCUACAGAUGGUGGGCAGGGCAGACAGGCCUCUGGAAGAUGAUGAUGCCAAAUGUGUCCUCAUGUGUCAGAGCUGCAAAAAAGACUUCUUCAAAAAGUUUUUGAAUGAAUCACUUCCAGUUGAGAGCCACCUUGACCACCGGCUGCAUGAUCACUUCAACGCCGAGAUCGUGACAAAGACAAUAGAGAACAAACAGGAUGCAGUGGAUUACCUGACGUGGACCUUCAUCUAUCGUCGACUUACUCAGAACCCUAACUACUACAACCUGCAGGGGAUCACACACAGGCACCUCUCCGACCAUCUGUCCGAACUGGUGGAGAACACACUGCAGGAUCUUGAACAUUCCAAGUGCAUCAGCAUUGAGGACGAGAUGGACUGUCUACCCUUGAACUUGGGGAUGAUUGCUGCAUACUAUUACAUUAACUACACUACCAUUGAACUGUUCUCACUGUCGCUGAACAACAAGACAAAGAUCAGAGGACUGCUGGAGAUCAUCUCGUCGGCUGCAGAGUACGAGGCAGUGCCGGUGAGACACAGAGAGGAUCAGCUGCUGCGGAGUCUUGCCACCCGUCUGCCCAACAAGCUGGCUGGCAGUCCUCGCUACAACGACCCCCACGUCAAGGUCAACCUGCUGCUACAGGCCCAUCUGUCUCGGCUACAGCUGGGGGCCGAGCUGCAGGGCGACACAGAGAUGAUACUGGGCAAGGCUAUACGACUGAUCCAAGCUUGUGUGGACGUGCUGAGCUCUAACGGUUGGCUGUCGCCUGCGGUAGCUGCCAUGGAGCUGGCACAGAUGGUCACUCAAGCCAUGUGGAGCAAGGACUCCUACCUCAAGCAGCUGCCUCACUUCACUGCGGACAUCAUCAAGCGGUGCACUGACAAGGGUGUGGAGACAGUGUUCGAUAUGAUGGAGCUGGAGGAUCAGGACCGCAUCAAGCUGCUGCAGCUCAGUGAGGCGCAGAUGACCGAUGUGGCCAGGUUCUGUAAUCGCUACCCCAACAUUGAGCUGAGCUACGAGGUCCAGAACAAGGACCGAAUCAGCUCCGGCUCAUCAGUCAACGUUGUUGUGUCUCUGGAGCGGGAGGAUGAAGUCACUGGUCCUGUCAUUGCCCCAUUCUUCCCUCAGAAACGUGAAGAGGGGUGGUGGGUGGUGAUUGGAGACCCCAAGGCCAACUCUCUACUCUCCAUCAAGAGGUUAACUCUCCAGCAGAAAGCCAAAGUAAAGCUGGAUUUUGUUGCUCCCAAUCCAGGCCACCACUCGUACACACUGUACUUCAUGAGCGAUGCCUACCUCGGGUGUGACCAGGAGUACAAGUUCAGCAUCGAUGUCGGAGAGUAUGAGUCGGGUGAAAGUGACAGUGACUAGACGGAUAUUCUUUCUUCCCCUCCACGUACUCUACCAUAGUAUAUUAAGCAUUUUGUACAUAUAUGUUUAUAAAAUAAUUUUAGUUGUGAAUAAAUUUUAUUCAUGAUAAA